GAUGGCGAUGCUAGUAGCGAUGCCCUCCAUAAAGCGCUCGCGGCCCAGCUAGGCUAACAAGUUAAAAGUCACCAUUGAGUCGUCCAUGCCAACUCCUGGCGAGCCCGUGUGUGAGAGUAGAUCCGAGCCCCUUUGGGUCUUCAGUGGCAGAGGUUUGGGGAAGUGGAUCUCCAGGCCUUUCUUCCGAGGUGCUCCUGGGUGGCCCUGACCCUCCUGCCUUACUCUGAGGCACUGAGUACAUUAGCCAUUUGUCUACCUCCCAGGGAUGCCCCAAUGAGAUGGGUCCCUAGGAUAAUCCCAGGCAAGGAAGUGGGGCUCAGAGAGGUUAAGCAACUUGUCCAAGAUCACACAGCAAGGACGUGACAGAACCGGGGUGCAAACUCAGGUCUGUCCAACUCCAACCCGUGCAGACACGUAAGCACUGGUGUUUGCACUGUGUCCUCCUGGGGCCCGGCUGCAAUCUGUGAGUGUCGAACCAAGCGUGCUGUUCAACAGAGGCACGGCGGAAGGAUGAGCACCCCAUCAAGGCUCACCCUCCUCCCCAGCCUCUCCUCCGGGACAGUCCGGGGACACCUGCUAACUGUCUGUCUCUUUCUGUGUCUGUGGCCAUCUCUUUCUCUCCCCCUUCCCUUCCCCUCCUCUCUUUCUUCCGUCUAUCCUCUGACUUGGCCUUGGCCUCCCAUCUGUUUGUCUGUUGGCCUCUCUCUGUGCCUCUGUCUCCCCAAAGGACCUUCCAGUGGACAUGGGUGGAGCCCUGGGGCCGGCCCUCCUGCUCACCUCGCUCCUGGGGGCCUGGGCAGGGCCGGACCAGCAGGCUGUGACGGUCGCUGUGGUGUUUGGCAGCUCGGGGCUGCCCCAGGCCCAGGCCCGUGUGCGCCUCACUCCCCAGAGCUUCCUGGACCUGCCCCUGGAGAUCCAGCCCCUGACUGUAGGGGUCAACAACACCAACCCCAGCAGCCUGCUCACCCAGAUCUGCGGGCUCCUGGGCACUGCCCGUGUCCAUGGCAUUGUCUUCGAGGACAACGUGGGCACCGAGGCUGUGGCGCAGAUCCUCGACUUCAUCUCCUCCCAGACCCACGUGCCCAUCCUCAGCAUCAGCGGGGGCUCUGCGGUGGUCCUCACCCCCAAGGAGCCGGGCUCCGCCUUCCUGCAGCUGGGCGUGUCGCUGGAGCAGCAGCUGCAGGUGCUGUUCAAGGUGCUGGAGGAGUACAACUGGAGCGCCUUCGCCGUCAUCACCAGCCAGCACCCCGGCCACGCGCUCUUCCUCGAGGGCGUGCGUGCCAUUGCGGACGCCGGCCACCUGGGCUGGCGGCUGCUGGACGUGCUGACGCUGGAGCUGGGCCCGGGCGGGCAGCGCGCGCGCAUCCAGCGGCUGCUGCGCCAGCUCGACGCGCCGGUGCUGGUGGCCUACUGCUCGAGCGACGAGGCCCAAGUGCUUUUCGCCGAGGCGGCGCGCGCCGGCCUGGUGGGGCCGGGCCACGUGUGGCUAGUCCCCAACCUGGCGCUGGGCAGCACCGACGCGCCACCCGCCACCUUCCCCGUGGGUCUCAUCAGCGUCGUCACCGAGAGCUGGCGCCUCAGCCUGCGCCAGAAGGUCCGCGACGGCGUGGCCAUCCUAGCCCUGGGCGCACACAGCUACCGACGCCAGCAUGGCACCCUGCCCGCCACCGCCGCUGGGGACUGCCGCGGCCACCCGGGGCCGCUUAGCCCUGCCCGGGAGGCCUUCUACAGGCACCUGCUGAAUGUCACCUGGGAGAGCCGGGACUUCUCCUUCAGCCCUGGUGGGUACCUGGUCCAGCCCACCAUGGUUGUGAUCGCUCUCAACCGGCACCGCCUCUGGGAGAUGGUGGGGCGCUGGGAGCGCGGUGUCCUGCACAUGAAGUACCCGGUGUGGCCUCGCUACAGCGCCUCCCUGCAGCCCGUGGUGGACAGCCGGCACCUGACGGUGGCCACACUGGAGGAGCGCCCCUUUGUCAUCGUGGAGAGCCCCGACGCGGGCACAGGUGGCUGCGUCCCCAACACUGUGCCCUGCCGAAGACAGAGCAACCGCACCUUCAGCGGGGACGCAGCCCCCUACGUCAAGCUCUGCUGCAAGGGCUUCUGCAUCGACACUCUCAAGCAGCUGGCCAAGGUGGUCAAGUUCUCCUACGACCUAUACCUGGUGACCAACGGGAAGCACGGCAAGCGCGUGCGCGGUGUGUGGAACGGCAUGAUCGGGGAGGUCUACUACAAGCGUGCGGACAUGGCCAUCGGCUCCCUCACCAUCAACGAGGAGCGCUCAGAGAUCGUCGACUUCUCCGUCCCCUUUGUGGAGACGGGCAUCAGCGUCAUGGUGGCGCGCAGCAACGGCACCGUGUCCCCCUCCGCCUUCCUGGAGCCCUACAGCCCCGCCGUGUGGGUGAUGAUGUUCGUCAUGUGUCUCACCGUGGUCGCCAUAACCGUCUUCGUGUUUGAGUACUUCAGCCCCGUCAGCUACAACCAGAACCUCACCAGCGGGAAGAAGUUGGGGGGCCCUUCCUUCACCAUCGGCAAGUCUGUGUGGCUGCUGUGGGCCCUGGUCUUCAACAACUCGGUGCCCAUCGAGAACCCCCGGGGCACCACCAGCAAGAUCAUGGUGCUGGUUUGGGCCUUCUUCGCCGUCAUCUUCCUGGCCAGCUACACCGCCAACCUGGCUGCCUUCAUGAUCCAGGAGCAGUACGUCGAUACCGUGUCCGGCCUCAGCGACAAGAAGUUCCAGCGGCCUCAAGACCAGUACCCGCCCUUCCGCUUCGGCACCGUGCCCAACGGUAGCACCGAGCGCAACAUCCGCAGUAACUACCGCGACAUGCACGCCCACAUGGUCAGGUUCAACCAGCGCUCCGUGGAGGACGCGCUCACCAGCCUCAAGAUGGGGAAGCUGGACGCGUUCAUCUAUGAUGCUGCUGUCCUGAACUACAUGGCGGGCAAGGACGAAGGCUGCAAGCUGGUCACCAUUGGGUCCGGCAAAGUCUUUGCCACCACUGGUUACGGCAUCGCCAUGCAGAAAGACUCCCACUGGAAGCGGCCCAUUGACCUGGCACUUCUGCAGUUCCUGGGGGAUGGGGAGACACAGAAGCUGGAGACGGUGUGGCUGUCGGGCAUCUGUCAGAACGAGAAGAACGAGGUGAUGAGCAGUAAGCUGGACAUUGACAACAUGGCGGGGGUCUUCUACAUGCUGCUGGUGGCCAUGGGGCUGGCCCUGCUGGUCUUCGCCUGGGAGCACCUGGUCUACUGGAAGCUGCGACACUCUGUGCCCCACACGUCGCGGCUGGACUUCCUGCUGGCCUUCAGCAGGGGCAUCUACAGUUGCUUCAGCGGUGUGCAGAGCCUGGCCAGCCCCGCGCGGGCGCCCAGCCCGGACCUCACAGCCAGCUCAGCCCAGGCCAGCGUGCUCAAGAUGCUGCAGGCAGCGCACGACAUGGUGACCACGGCGGGCGUGAGCAGUUCCCUGGACCGCGCCACACGCACCUUUGAGAAUUGGGCCAGCCGCCGCGCUCCCUUGACGCCAGCCGCGCGCCCACCCACCCCGGGCGCGCCCCCUGAACCCAGCCCCAAGGCCUGGGGGCCGCUGGCAGGGGGUCGCGCCGCGCUGGUGCGCGGUGCUCUGCAGCCUCCCGGACGUGCCCCGGUGCCCGCGCUGCCACUGUCCGACAACCCCUGGGCGCCGGGCCGGCUGGCUUGGGAGACGCGGUGUCCGACUCGGGCCAGGCGCCACCCCUGGUCCUCGGAGCGGCACGCUCUACCGGAGCGCCCGACUCCUGCGCGCUGUCCUUACAACUCCUUUCCAAGAACCGACCGGGCAGCGCGCCCCUUCCUCCCGCUCUUCCCGGAGUCCUCGGACCCUGAGGACCUGCCACUGCUCGGGCCGGAGCAGCUGGCCCGGAGGGAGGCCCUGCUGCACGCGGCCUGGGCCCGCAGUCCCCGCCCGCGCCACGCCUCCCUGCCCAGCGCGGUGGCCGCGGCCUUCGCUCGGCCCAGCUCCCUGCCUGCCGCCUGUGCCGGGCCCACCUGCAGCUGUGGGGACGCUCGGCCGGCCUGGGGGCGUCCAGCGCUGUCACUGCGACUGCCACCCUGCCGUGUGGCCUGCCAGCAGGCCGUGCUGGCCCCCUGCGUGCACAGACAGCACGCCUGCCUUCACGCCCACACGCCGCUGUGCUGGCGUGCUGCUGGCCCUCACCUCCCCCCCUGUGCCAGCCACAGGCCCUGGCUUCCUGGGGUCUGGGGUCCGCAGGGCCGCAGAAACCGGACUCUGGGACUGAGCACAGGCUACAGGGACAGUGGUGGGCUGGAGGAGAUCAGCAGGGCAGCCUGUGGGGCUCACAGCUCCGAAGCUGGCCCUUGUUCCUGGAGACGCUUCUCCAGCCUGGAGUCGGAAGUGUGAGGCCAACAGUGGGGGUGACCGCCUCUGAGCAGUUGGGCUAGGUCUGGGCACUCCUAGCUUCUGCAGGAGCCCUGGUGCUGGGCCCUGAUCAUUGCAGCAUCAGAGCCCAACGUAGGUAGGGCAGUUGCUGUCCCCUCCCUGCCUGGAGCUCUAGGGAGCGAUGGUGCCAGGGUCUCCUCACUCUGGUGUGAGCUGGAGCCUCGUGGGGCACUCAGGAUGGACAGGACAAGCCCCUCCGUGGUCCAUGGGGGUGGAGGGUCUUCCCAUCACAGUGUGGGGGCAUUAAACAUAUCUUGUACAACCCA